AUGUCAUCGACCAAGGUCGACAGCAGCACCGCUGUCGAACGCUGCCAGGCUUCAGUAUGGCACGAGAUGAAGGAUUACAUCGACGCUUCAAUGAAAAAGACUGAUAUCUCCAGCAUUGUCCCUUUCGCCAAUUGCUACAUUUGCCUUGGAGAACUGGACAUCUUUGGCAUCCCUUCCGUCGGUUCGGCUGACAACGCCCGCGCCGCUUGCUUCCUUCCUUGUGGUCAUUUUUUCUGUGUAACAUGCUGGAAGACUUGGAUCCGCAAGCGACCCGAGCCGACGAGACAUGAUAUCGGCCCUACAACUCCCAUUCCUCAAGCAGGUCUUCAAGGCGUUCACCGUCUCGCGUCAAUGGAGCUCGGAGUAUACAACAAGUACGGCCAGUCCAAGCCCGGUCAGGAGAAGAAGCCGACCUGGGGCCGCUGGCCGAAGGAGCUCGACUACAUGCUCAAGCAGCGCGGCUGGACUAAGGGUGUCGAGUUUGUGGAUUGGAAGAAGGCCGAAACGGGUCCUGCCAUUCCGGAGCCGUCUGACGAGACUCCAAGCAACCUGCAGGCUCUGAAUCAAUUCCUCAACCGCAUCAGCCGCUACUGGAAGAAUGCCAUCACUGGACAAACUACCGACACCGAGGAUCCGGAAACUCUGGCGCUGUCGGUGGACUGGAAGUCGAGUCAGCGGGCCCUCGACAACGGCCUUCGCCUAUGCGAUAUGGAGGGCAUGGGCCCCUACUAUGACUGGGACGAGCUCCUUGAAGCUCCGGUCUGGCGGGCCCGCGGCAUCAGCAAGGUCGCUUGCGACCGUUGGGGCCAGGCUUUUGGUCGUGAGGUCCAGGCUCACGCCUUGGGAGGAGUACUAGAGGGUCCCGGUCUUGUCAUCAUGCAGACAGACAACUUCAGCCUUUGCGUCAAAUAUAAGGUGGAGCGCAUUCCGAGGCAGGGUGAGGCGAUCCAAUCUCGUUGGCCGCUGUGGCUGCUCCGUUCCAUCCGGGCUAUCCCCAUCCACGUCCGCUCUGCGAUGAUGUUUGGUUUGGUUCUGUUUUCCUUUUACUUCUUCUGUUCCGUUAUGGUCAGUGCUGUCACUAGAAGUUGGGACUUGGACGUGGUCGGACGGAGGCAGUUUGGGAACAUGGCCGAGCAGAGACUGUCCAAUGCUUCAAUUGAGUCGCUGGGGAUCCUUUGA